GGUCGCAGCGUGCGGCUAGAUAUUUGGUACGUCGCGUGAUGUCUCUUCGUUCUGCCGUCGCAAUCGCACGACCAGAUGAGAAGCAGCCGCCGUCACGUGUUCGCUGAUACACGUCGCGCUCAGGCAACUGACUGUUCGUGUAAAUAUUAACCGUACGGAGAAGCCUGGUCUCUCGGAAGAAGAUACAGGAGGAGUCGGUCACGACCGGAGCGAGCGAGAGAGACAGUGACGGACAGUGAGAAGCGCGCGGAACAGACAAGGAAAGAGAGAGAGAGAGAAACACUGAGUACUCGCUCGCUCGUUGACGUGCUUCUCCAAGUGUUUGACGUUCCCAGGUAAAUGCGCUCCGCAAAGCGCCGUGUUUGAUGGCAAACAGCGGAUACUCUCGCCGGCGGAGAGUUUCGUGAGAGAAAACGGACUCGGGGUCUGUGUCCGAGUAUUGUUUACCGGCAGCAAUAUGGCGUCUGGUGCUUUCGCGGAAUUUGAAUCGCGAUCGUCGCGCGCAGUUUGAAUCGCGGCGGAGAGGGCGGGAGCGAAGUGUGUUGCAUAUCUACGCGCGCCGUCGACUCGACACGCCGUGAGGGCAGCUCUCGCGCGCGAUUGGUGUGCUCUCGGUACACGUCCGGCGGUUCGAAACGGCUCGUUCCGAGUCUCAGUUUCUUCGCGCGCGCCUUGGGAAAAGAAUCGGAUUCUCUCGCGGCGUUCUUAUCGGCGUGUCGUGGGCUCUCCGCCACCAGCAGCACGACGACGACGAGUGGCAUUGUCGCGAACGUCGGCCGGCGCGAAUCACGAGCUACGAUGGCGUGAGUCAUCGUGAGAACUGUGCGAAUCCGACGCGGUGUCGACGGUGAAUUUCGCGACGCGCGGACUGACCGCGCGCUAAACCGUCAGUCCUUGGACACGAACGGACAGGGACGGGAGUUCGCGGAAUCGUCGAGCCGAACACGUCUUCUCGCGUCUCUCUCUCUCUCUCUCUCUCCGUUUCGCUCGCUCGCUCGCGGAAAAUUCGCGCCCCUACGUUCGAGCGGUGUGUUUGUUUGUCCUCGGUUUCGGUAAUGACGGACGGUCGUCGUAGUUCUCGUCAUCGUCGAGGCAGCCGAAUCUCGGUCAUACCGCGCGAUACGCCGGUGCCGGACUGUGAUUAAUUAGGCGUAUCGUGUGCCACGCGAACAACGGACGCGAAAAUGAAAAUGUCGGUCGCGCUGCGGAUCGCCGUCGCGCUCCCGAUACUCUCGGCGAUCGGUCACGGCAACGAGCUGAAGGAUUACUGCACCAAGUACAAGUUCGGCAAUCUACCGGGUGGCCUGACGUUCACGAAGGAGGUCGUUACCACGGAGUACGCCAACGUGGGUGCGUUCAAGGCCCUCCACUGCUGCCUCAAGGGAUACAGGAGCAUCGAAUGGUACAAGGAUAAUAGAGCCUAUCCUUGGCCGGGUAGCACGAGCCACUUUAUCCUGUACCCGGAGAGCGCGAAUCAAACAAUCUACACACAGGAGAUGAGAACCUCGGACGCGGGACGAUACUCCUGUCUGGCGCGUAACGACACAACCACUUUGGAGGGCGACAUCACUCUCGCCGUACUCAAUGAAGAAUCCGGCAUCUACACGGGCAAGCCGCUGCCCACGUACAGGCCAGCCUCCCAAUUGGUGCCUCUCAGGGGCACCGCGAGACUCUUCUGCGAGGCUUACAUGGGCAAGGUGAACCUGCCGGACGCCAGGAAUUCUGUCACCUGGUGGAAAGGCGGCAGCAACGUCACCCUGCCCGCUGACGGCAGGAUAGCGCAGCACCGAGUGUCCCG